GUUCGCCAUGACGAUGAUCGCCAGUGGGCUUCCUGGGGUCCAUUAGCGAAGAAUUCGCCAUUUGCCCAGCAUGACUUGACUCUGGAUCCAACCUUUCCACCUUCUACUUCACGUCUAUCGCACAAUCGCUCCAUAUACGACCAUCGAAGCUGCAACAAAGCUCCCGAACAGCUCCAGUAGCAGUCACUGAGCUGCUGCUACAGUGAUACAAGUCCGACCUUGACAUAUUCAUACUAGGAGCUCAAGAAUGCCCAUCUGAAAGAACAAACACCACAAAACAAAACCACAAUGCACCUCCUCAUUCUCCUCCUCACCACCCUCCUCUUCUUCACCCGCCUCACCACCGCCAACGUCGAAAAGACCAUCUUUCUCGCCCCCUCUCCCACUCUCAUACCAACCCUCGCGCCCCCCAACGACGACUUAGGCCUUCCACGUCUCUCCCCCUCGCACUCGCACCACCGCACGAAACUCAAUGUCUCCUUCCCCGACGCCGACUCUCCCGGCACAGACUCAUGGUUCUUCCUCGAACACCUGGUCCCCGGUAAACGCUAUGAAGUCCGCAUCUGCUGGCUAGCUACGCAACCAACGUCCUUCCACCUGGCAACCUACACCCUUCCUCACGCCCUCGAAACGCCUGACCUUCUAGGCUCAAUAACCACCUACUCGACCGCCCGCCUCGCCCACCAACAACACCACCACCUCGACGAGGAGGAGGACCUCGCGCUCCUCUCCGACCUCGAGCAAGUCCGUCGCCACAAGCACAAGAAGAAGCCCUUUCAACCCAGCAAAGCAGGAGGUCUGCUGUCUAGGCGCCGAUCUACCACCAUGGGCGGCGGCACCGGGAGCAGUAGCUUCGUCGAGGACACAGCGCCAAUUUCGGACUCGGUGCUGUUCCUGCGGGUGCGCGCUGCGGCGGAUUACUUCACCACGGAUGCGGAGCUCAUGAAGAACGUGCCCCCCGUCGUGGUGGAUGUGAUUCUGGAUCCGUACCUUGGGAACGUGUUCCCGCGGAGUCUGGUGCCUACCGCCGGGUGGGUGGUCGUGGUGGCUGGGUUGGCGGUCCUGGUGGGCAGGUGGGUGACUGCGGAGCUGGGGCGGGUGGUGGAUACGAUUGCUUCUGAGGAGCAGGAGCAAGAGCAGGAGGAGACUGAGGGUACGGAGGGCAAGAAAACGCAGUAGUCUCAAUUUCCAUAGUGCCGACCCUGAUAUAUAGACCGAUGUACUGUACAUAUGGAUGGUUAUGAUUCUCUACGAUAGCGUCGAAUGUGCGACUUUGGGAGUGAAUAGUUCUAAUCGAAG